CCCGGGGCCUCUUAAAGAGACACGCACACUCGGCCCCGGGGACUCCCCCGGGGCGUCAGUUCCUGGGAAGGGAGGGGCCCAGGCGGGGGAGGGGCGGGUGCUGGGAGCCUCGUGGCGGCGCUCAGGGACUGCCUUGAAUCUCCAAGCUCGAGAUGGGGCGGGGGUCAGCACAGAACCUUGAGAGCCGCUGCGGCCCGACCUGGGGCGACUGCAGGACGGCGGGGCGGGGCAGAUGGUGGGAUCCCAGGCCGGGACGAAGCUUGUGACGCCGCGGGGCAGGGCCGCGGUUUUGUAGGUGGGGUGGCGGAUCCCAAACGCAGCCACUACGCUAUCGCCCUUGGGUUUCUUGGGCAAACAACUCAGGCCUGCGUGUUUGCAACUCCAGGGUCUUCCAUCUCUUGGGCCAGCUGCAGACUCUACCCGGGGAAAUGUCCAAAAUGCACACGCUUAGAUGCACACGCAUCCUUACCAGCACGAAAGCACACAUCCACACGCGCGUGCACACACACAUGCGACUUUGCAAAUGUAUUCAGGGAUUCUCAGGCCCGCACCUGAGCACUUGGCUAUCACUUGGUCGCCUCACCGACCAUCCAAGCGCGGCCACACACCUCCCUCCCCGGGGGGCCACAUCCCCUCCAAGUUGAAGGCUAUGCAAAGCUACAGCGGAUCGCUCCCUGGGUGCGUGGACUGUUCUGCGUGGGGGGCAAGACUCACUCUGAGCACACAGGGUACUGAGAGGAGCGAGGUCGUGAAGAACCCUCUGGGGCCGGCCCCCACGUGUGCAUGGCGAUGGGGAAUUACAAAGGCCAUGGAACUGGCUAAGAAAAAGUGGGGGGAAAGGCCGCAGAGGCCAAAUCGCUCUUGCCGGUCCCAACCCCGCACCCGGGGGAGCGAUCGGCCUUUAACAACUGGGUCCCUACACCGGCUGGCGCAGAAGGCUGUGAGGGUCACCGCUGGACGUGGGAGCGGGCAUCCGGCCCAGGCGGGCUACACCACAGAUUGGCUGCGCGGGUGGGAGUGUCACCCGUGGCCAGGGCAGGCUUGAAUUGUCCUCCAGAACACGACCCUCGGGAGUCAGCCCAAGAGACCGCCCGCCGGAGUCCGAUUUGAGGCAGACGUUCAGACACUUCGACUUCCGCACUCCUGAACUUGGGAGACCAGCGCUCCUCAAAGACGGAAAGAAACUAGAAAAGCGGCUGGGAGCCGAGGCAGGAUGCCAGUGUUUGGUAAAAGGGAGACUUGCGAUCCCAGUACCGGAUGCGGCGAAAACGAAAAUUCGUUCGGUCGCGGGUGGAGGAUCUGGCGGCUGUGAUCAGCCCGCGCGGGGCCGCCUUGGGCGCAGGCGAAGGUGCGCUCACCUUCCCGGCCGGAGCGCCUGCGUCCCGGACGCCGGGGGCUGACACGGACCGACCUCGGGCUGAGUCCAGGGGUGGUCGGCAACGCCGGAUACCUCCGGGGUCUUCCUGUGGGACGAGCCGCGGGCCAGAGGGACCCUGCGUUUGCCCGGCGCAAGGCCGCGUCCCUCCCGCCCUCGCGGGCCCCACGAGGGCUGUGCCACGGCUCCACUCACCAGCUCCCGCCACCUGGGUUCCGCUCCGGGACCUCAGCCUCCGGAGCCUCCCGACUUGCCCGCCCACUGGCCUCGCUUUCCUGCGCCCGCAGCCUCCCUGUGGAGUGCGGGGACCCGGGCGGCGACCAGGAGCCGAGUCGGAGGCCAGGCUGGGGCGCCGGCCGGAGCAGCCGGGCUUCCGGGCGCGGGAGAAGGAGGGCGCCCCCUCUCCUCUCAGGGACGUGUCAGUGCUUUGCACUUGGGGCCGGCACGCGGCUAGGGGUCCUUCCCUGAGGCCCUCGGCCCUGGCGCCCCCCGCCUCGGCCCUUUCGGCGGGUCAGGUCGGCCCUCCACGCUUCCAAGUCCCGGCGCUAGCAGCCGCGGGCGCGGGCGCGGGCGCGGGCGCGGGGUGGGGGCCCGGCCAGGGGGAGGGGUCUCAGGCCCGUCGGGCCGUCAUUGGUUAAUAUUUUAUUCCGUUGA